GUCUGCCGUGGGCUGUGACCGCCACAUGGAGGUUUGGAAUGACAUGAAGUACAGAUACAGAAAAACAACAAUUUCAUAGCGCUCCUUGUCCUUUGCCUCACAUGCUGGUCAUGAGUCCCAGCGUCGUCCCACUGGACUCCAGCUGUUCUUCGGACCGUCCGUUUUUUUCCAGGAACCGUGGUGUCACAGUCCCAUUACUGCAGAAACAGUUAUUAAAAAGAGCUUGUUCAUUGAUUCAGAAUAUUUCAAAUGAAUCCAAGUCAGACGUCAGAGCUUCAGAGGAGAAGAACUCGAAACAUGGGGUGGUGGUGAGAAAUGGGCAGCGUUUUUUUUCUGAGUAAUGAGGAAGGUUCUGGUAUGUUAUAAAGAGAAAGACAGCUGACACCGAAAGGGAAGGGGAAGUUGUUGGGAAAGACAUUUUUGAGAUAGCAGUGCGACAACACUGGAAGAAAUAAAUCUCAGGAAACCUGCACCCCAGUAUGGAGGAGUUCAGUUCAGAGGAUUCAGGUGUUCAAGAUGUGGGACCUCAACUCAACGGGCUGGUGGUCCGGAUCCUGGAGAAGAUGUCAGUGCUGCUGGUGCGGGUCAGACAGAAGGUUCUGGAAAUAGCGGUUCUGAUCUGUGUGAUUCUGCUGUUGUUCUGGGUGGCUUUAUUCCUCUACGGCAGUUUCUAUUAUUCCUUUAUGCCCACAGCCAAUUUCAUCACACCUGUCCACUUCUUCUACAGCAGGAGUGAUUGUCCAUCUCCUCAUCACCCCAUGUGUUCAUUCCCUGUGGCUAAUGUCUCUUUACUGAAAAAUGGAAAGGAUCAGGUAAUGACAUACGGCCAGCCCUAUCAGAUCUCACUCGAACUGGAAAUGCCAGAGUCUCCAGCCAAUCAGGAGCAGGGAAUGUUCCUUGUGAAAAUCUCUCCUUAUUCUAAAACUAAUCAGAUUGUUGACAUAUCAACACGUUCUGCGAUGCUCCAUUAUCGCUCCUCUCUUCUUCAGGCUCUGGGCACAGUGGUCUUCUCCCCCAUGCUGUUAACAGGAGCAUCUGAGCAGAAGCAGUCAAUCAUAGUGGAACUGUACUCUGAAUUCAGAGAUAAUUCUUACAAACCCAUUGUUGGAGCUUUCAUUGAGAUCCAUUCCCAGAAUGUUCAGAUCUACAAAGCGCAUCUCUACAUCUUCGCUCACUUUACAGGCAUCAGGUACCUGCUGUAUCACUUCCCCCUGACAACAGCACUGAUCGGAGUGUUAAGUAACUUUACUUUCCUCAGUUUGAUCACCGUUCUCAGUUUCCUGCAGUUUAAUCUGGGAAGUCGCAGGAUACCUGGAAAGACUGGUAUGCAACAAGAGGAAAUGAAUGAACAAGAUAACCUGGAUGAUCCGUUUGAACCCCAGGAUGAAAGAAAUGCACCAGCCUCUACAACAGACUUGUUGGAUUCCCCAAUUUUUAUGGAAAAUGUUGACCCCAUGGAGAGCAAUUCUGUGGAGUUGGAAGAAUCCAUUUCAGACAUGGGGGCGGAGGAGAGUGAAGACUCCAGAGAACUUGCUGAAGAUGAGCCCAUCUGUGAGGCUGGGGAUGGAAAAAUGAUUUUGAGGCACAGGCAUUUAUCACAUGGCAUGAUACAAACUUCUCAAGCAUUAUUACCAGACACCAUAGAUAAAAAUGACUAUCGUGUCGGUGUCUGUACAAGCUUCUAGAGAAGGAAUGGUCCGUCUUCUAAAUGAGGGUAAAGGUAAUGAGAAGCAAAGGCCACCAAGUUGACUUCAUAUUUGAUAACCAUUUGUUUUACAAUAUAUGAAUUUUAUGCUAGCCUGAAAUAAUCGCUUGUAUGCCUGUCAUUUUUUCAAAAGUAAUCAAGACAAGCACAAUUCUAUCACCACCAUUUGUUAUUUCUCACACUCUAGGUUGGGUU